GGUUCCCCCAGUCACCGAGCGAGAGGGAAGAAACAAGAUGGCGGCUGCAGGCGAUCCGGAGCGGGGCCCCGGCAAUUCGGACUGAGCCUUCUCCCUCCACCCCGCCGCUGCCGGGCCGCGCCCCUCCCGCCCGGACCCCGGCGCCCUCCCCUCCCCCUCGGCCCCGGCGCCCCCCGCGCCCCUCCCCCACCCCUUCCGCUCCCCCCCCACCCCCCCGCAAGCCGCGGCUCCGACAUGAGGGGCCGGCGGGGCAGGCCGCCCAAGCAGCCCGCGGCUCCUGCUGCGGAGCGCUGCGCCCCGGCCCCGCCGCCGCCGCCGCCGCCGCCACCACCGCCGCCGCCACCGCCGCCGCCGCCGCCGCCCGCCUCCGGACCCAUAGGGGGGCUGCGCUCGCGGCACCGCGGCAGCAGUCGGGGCAGGUGGGCCGCCGCCCAGGCUGAGGUGGCGCCCAAGACCCGGUUGAGCUCGCCCAGGGGGGGCGGCCGCAGGAAACAGCCGCCACCGCCACCGCCGGCCUCCGGCAGCAGCGCCAGCGGCCCGGGCCGGGGGGGCCGAGGAGGCGGGGGCGGCAGGACGGGGGGCGGGGGCGGCCACCUGGCCCGGACCACCCCGGCCCGCCGCGCCGUCAACAAAGUGGUGUACGAUGACCACGAGAGUGACGACGACGACGAGGAGGAGGACAUGGUCUCGGAGGAGGACGAGGAGGAGGAGGAGGAUGGCGACGCCGAGGAGACCCAGGAUUCCGAGGACGAGGAGGAAGAUGACAUGGAAGAAGACGACGAUGACUCCGAUUAUCCGGAGGAGAUGGAAGACGACGACGACGACGCUAGUUACUGCACGGAAAGCAGCUUCAGGAGCCAUAGUACAUACAGCAGCACUCCAGGUAGGCGAAAACCAAGAGUACAUCGGCCUCGUUCUCCAAUAUUAGAAGAAAAAGACAUCCCACCCCUUGAAUUUCCGAAGUCCUCUGAGGAUUUAAUGGUGCCUAAUGAGCAUAUAAUGAAUGUCAUUGCCAUUUAUGAGGUGGUGCGGAACUUUGGCAACGUUUUAAGGUUGUCCCCUUUUUGCUUUGAGGACUUCUGUGCGGCUCUGGUGAGCCAAGAGCAGUGCACACUCAUGGCGGAGAUGCACGUGGCGCUUCUGAAAGCAGUUCUUCGAGAAGAGGACACGUCUAACACCACCUUUGGCCCUGCGGACUUGAAAGACAGUGUAAACUCCACCCUGUAUUUCAUCGACGGGAUGACGUGGCCGGAGGUCCUGAGGGUCUACUGUGAGAGUGACAAGGAGUACCACCAUGUCCUUCCUUACCAGGAGGCAGAGGACUAUCCCUACGGACCAGUGGAGAACAAAAUCAAAGUUCUGCAGUUUCUAGUCGAUCAGUUCCUUACGACCAAUAUUGCUCGUGAGGAGCUGAUGUCUGAAGGGGUAAUCCAGUAUGACGACCAUUGUAGGGUCUGUCACAAACUUGGGGAUCUGCUGUGCUGUGAGACGUGCUCGGCUGUGUACCAUUUAGAGUGUGUGAAGCCGCCUCUUGAAGAAGUGCCGGAGGACGAGUGGCAGUGUGAAGUCUGUGUGGCACACAAGGUGCCUGGUGUGACUGACUGUGUCGCUGAAGUCCAAAAGAAUAAACCCUACGUUCGACACGAACCUAUUGGGUAUGACAGAAGCCGUAGGAAAUACUGGUUUUUAAACCGAAGACUCAUAAUAGAAGAAGACACAGACAAUGAAAACGAGAAGAAAGUUUGGUACUACAGCACAAAGGUCCAGUUAGCAGAGCUAAUAGACUGCCUAGACAAAGGAUACUGGGAAGCAGAACUGUGCAGAGUUCUAGAAGACAUUCGGGAGGAGAUGCAGCAGCAUAUGGAUGUAACGGAAGACCUGACCAACAAGGCUCGUGGCAGCAACAAGUCCUUCCUAGCGGCAGCUAAUGAGGAAAUUUUGGACUCCUUAAGAAUCAAACGAGGGGAAGAUAUUGACUGUGAUCAGAGCCCAGAAGACCCAGAAAAGGACAAGCAUGAGGGCGAGAACAACAGCUCCAAGGAUGCUGAGAAGAGCAGGGAGGAGGCGGAGGACCCUUCCGCAGACAAGGACGCUGACAGCAAAGGCCUGGAGGAAGAGCCCGGGCAUGGAAAACCUGAGGAGCCAACAGAAGUUGGGGAUAAAGGUAACUCUGUGCCAGCAAAUCUUGGCGACAACACAACAAAUGCUUCUCCAGAAGAGACUAGUCCCUGUGACGGGAGGAGCCCCGAGGGCUGUCUCUCAGAGACCCAUGAUAGCAGCAGCAUGGCAGAGAAGAAGGUGGCAUCUGAGCUCCCCCCGGAUGUACCAGAAGACUCUAACAGGACAUGUGACAGCAGUAACACUAGUGCUACCACUGCCUCCAGCCAGCCUAACCUGGAGACCUGCAGCAGCAGCGAGCUCACUUCUUCCCAGAGUGACUCUGCUAAGGCAGCGGAUGACCCUGAGAUUGGAGAAAGAGACUCCCAUACACCUGUCUCUGUUCACGAAGAGAUAGGUGAUUUCAGACUGGAGAAGUCCAAUGGAGAAGUUUCCGAGUCCCCUGGAGCUGGGAAAGGAACAUCUGGGUCCACUCGUAUCAUCACCAGACUGAGGAACCCGGAGAGCAAACUCAGUCAGCUCAAGAGUCAGCAGGUGGCAGCUGCAGCCCAUGAAGCAAAUAAAUUGUUUAAGGAGGGGAAAGAGGUGCUGGUGGUUAACUCCCAAGGAGAGGUUUCACGGCUGAGCACCAAAAAGGAGGUGGUCAUGAAAGGGAACAUCAACAACUAUUUUAAGCUGGGACAAGAAGGGAAGUAUCGAGUCUACCACAAUCAAUACUCGACCAAUUCAUUUGCUCUGAAUAAACACCAGCACAGAGAAGACCAUGAUAAGAGGAGGCAUCUUGCACAUAAAUUCUGUCUCACUCCAGCUGGGGAGUUCAAAUGGAACGGGUCUGUUCACGGGUCCAAAGUCCUUACCAUCUCAACCCUGAGACUCACCAUCACACAGCUAGAGAGCAACAUUCCUUCAUCCUUCCUUCACCCCAAUUGGGCUUCACACAGGGCUAAUUGGAUCAAGGCCGUUCAGAUGUGUAGUAAACCCAGAGAGUUUGCGUUGGCUCUCGCAAUUCUGGAGUGUGCAGUUAAGCCAGUUGUGAUGCUGCCAAUAUGGCGGGAGUCUCUAGGACAUACCCGGUUACAUAGGAUGACAUCAAUUGAAAGGGAAGAAAAAGAGAAAGUUAAAAAAAAGGAGAAAAAACAAGAGGAGGAGGAGACAAUGCAGCAGGCCACAUGGGUAAAAUACACAUUUCCAGUGAAGCACCAGGUUUGGAAACAGAAAGGUGAGGAGUACCGAGUGACAGGGUACGGCGGCUGGAGCUGGAUUAGCAAGACGCACGUUUACAGAUUUCUUCCCAAGUUACCAGGAAACACGAAUGUAAACUACAGAAAGCCCUUGGAUGGAGCCAAAAACAAUACAGAUGAAAAUAAAGAUGAGUCAGAGAAAAGGAAAAGUCCACGAAGUCCAAAAAAAAUGAAGACAGAAUGUGAUUCUGAACAAGGUGAGACCAGAGAUGCAGAUGCCACAGCUGGAGCCGCCGCAGGGGCAAUGGAGCUGUCUAAGGAACCUGAGAAGAAGGAUCAAGAUGUAAAAGAACUUUUAGAUUCUGAUAAUGACAAAUCCUUCAAGGAAGAACCAAUGGAGAUCGAUGAUACCAUAAAAACAGAGUCACACGUGAGCAGUCUGGAAAGCACAGAGGUAGAUGUAGUCAAUGUUAGUGAGGGCUUCCAUCUAAGGACUAGUUACAAAAAGAAAACGAAAUCCUCUAAGCUGGACGGGCUUCUGGAACGGAGGAUUCGACAAUUUACACUGGAAGAAAAACAGCGUCUUGAGAAGUUAAAGCUGGAGAGUGGGGUGAAGGGGGCGGGGAAGCCCCCCAUGGGUGCUCUGAAAAGCUCCUCUGAGUCUCCAGGCUCCACAAAAGCAAGCGAAGGGCAUCAGGGUGACUCGCUGAGACAGGAACAAAGCCCCAGUUCAAGUCAGGCUAGCACUGUGGACUUGGGGCUGGGGGGCUCACAAAGUGAUCCCUUGGUUCUUGGCAUCAGUCCUCCUAGUCUAAGCACGCACAAACCUGAUCCAAAAGAUCAAGUAUUAGAUGAUGUCUCCAUUCAGAGUCCAGGGCCAAACUGUCAGAGGCAAAACUCAGUUGAAAGCGACCUAGAUGCCAGGAUCUCUGAACCUGCCGGUAAGGGACUGGAACUAAGUCAGACUAAAACAGAAGUGACUGACUCUUCCUCUGAUGACUCUAAACCAACCAGUGCAGACGAUGUUGGCAUUUUGAUCUGUAAGAGCAGAAAGCUGCACUCACAGGACGAUAGCAGCACCGUUGUGUCUUCUUCCAAGAGUACUUUACCUGCAUCAGUACCUAAAAGUCCCCGUGACAGAGAUGCCCGGGCCUUCUCAAAAGCAGUGGACUUCGAUGGGAGACUAGGUGGUGACUCUGAAUAUAGUAGCACUUUGGAAAAUAGCUCUGAUAAUAUGUGUAUUCGGGACAGUGCUGAAGAAGAUAUGGUUGUUCAGAACAGCAGUGAAGCCACCUCGAAACGGUUCAUAGCUCCAGAACAAGGAGGAGAAAGCGUGGAGUCGACAAAAUGUCAGGUAGUUUCUAAGUCCACUGAAAACUGUGAAGACAAACUACAGGGUAAGGUAACUGAAGCAAACGGUAAGAAACUGGGCCAACAUCCUCCAAAGCCAGAGGAGAGAGCAGUUAACAGAUGUACUGACCAAGUCAGCCUGCGACACAGCGUUGACAGAAAGAACAGUGAACCUCGAGAGUCUGAAAAGAAAGGACAGAAAGCAAAUAAAUUUCAAAUAAACGGCAAAGAUAGCAAAGCUAAGGGGUACCUGAAGGGGCCGGGCACGAAGGACGGCUCUGAUGGUAAAGUUGUGAGUAGUGCUGUAGAACCAAAGGUCAAUAAUAUCAAUAAAGUCAUCCCUGGGAAUACCAAGUCACUGGCUGGGAAGGAAUCUGCUGCGAAGCCGUUCAUCAACGGUGACAUCAUUAUGGAAGAGUUGAGUGAACAAAACACUUCAGAAACCAACUCAUACUCACUGAGUUCUUCAGAUGCCAAAGGUAAUCACCAAGAUGGCCUCCAUACCCUACCAUCCACCAAAGAGUCUGCCAGUACCCAGGUAAUCACACCCCGAGCCCCUUGUCCAGAUCGGAACUCACUUAGUCAGGUAGAAGAUAUGGAAACUGAAAGUCCAGAGGUUAAGAGAGUUAUCCCGUCUCCUGUUAGAACUGGAGAGGGCUCUAACCUUAGCAAGGGCUUCAUGGAUGACAAUGGACUGCCUUCCAGCAAAGACGAGAACGUCAAUGGAGAAUCCCAAAGAAAGACGGUCAUCACAGAAGUCACCACAAUGACAUCUACUGUUGCCACAGAAUCAAAAACUGUCAUUAAGGUAGCAAAAGGAGACAAGCAAACUGUGGUUUCUUCCACAGAAAAUUGUGCCAGAUCCACAGUCACAACUACCACUACCACUGUGACAAAGCUCUCCACACCCUCCCCAGACACCGGUGUGGAUACCAUCUCUGUAAAGGAGCAGAGUAAAACCGUGGUCACCACGACAGUGACGGACUCCUUGACCACUGCAGGAAGCACACUGGUGACAUCUAUGACCGUGAGCAAAGAGUACUCCACGAGAGACAGGGUAAAGCUGAUGAAGUUCUCACGACCCAAGAAGACCCGCUCAGGCACUGCCCUGCCGUCCUAUAGGAAGUUCGUUACCAAGAGCAGCAAAAAGAGCAUAUUUGUGUUACCUAAUGAUGACUUGAAAAAGCUGGCCAGGAAAGGAGGGAUCCGGGAGGUCCCUUACUUUAAUUAUAACGCGAAACCUGCCUUGGAUAUAUGGCCAUACCCUUCUCCUAGACCGACCUUUGGUAUCACAUGGAGGUAUAGACUACAGACGGUAAAGUCCUUGGCUGGAGUGAGCCUGAUGUUACGGUUGCUGUGGGCCAGUUUGAGAUGGGAUGACAUGGCAGCCAAGGCUCCUCCAGGAGGAGGGUCUACACGGACAGAAACAUCUGAAACUGAAAUCACAACCACUGAGAUAAUUAAGAGGCGUGAUGUGGGCCCUUAUGGCAUUCGUUCUGAGUAUUGUAUCAGGAAGAUCAUUUGCCCCAUUGGAGUUCCAGAAGCACCAAAAGAAACACCCACACCUCAGCGGAAGGGCCUCCGAUCAAGUGCACUUCGGCCAAAGAGACCAGAGACCCCCAAGCAGACGGGCCCUGUUAUCAUUGAGAGCUGGGUAGCAGAAGAAGAGCUGGAGCUCUGGGAGAUCAGGGCUUUUGCUGAGAGAGUGGAGAAAGAAAAGGCUCAAGCAGCAGAGCAGCAGACCAAGAAACGUUUGGAGCAGCAGAAGCCUGCAGUCAUCGCAGCGUCCACCACGUCCCCAGCAAACAACACAAGCAGCACUGUCUCUCCAGCCCAGAAGGUGAUGGUGGCUCCCUUAAGUGGCUCGGUCACCCCUGGAACAAAGAUGGUGCUGGCCACAAAAGUCGGCUCGCCUGCCACAGUCACAUUCCAGCAAAACAAGAACUUCCAUCAAACUUUUGCCACGUGGGUGAAGCAAGGCCAGUCCAAUUCAGCCACCAGCACAGCUGCCACCUCUGCUACCACCAUUGCCAGCACAGGUCAGACGUUCCAAAUUACGGGCAGUCCCGUCACUAUGGCAGGAAAAGUAAUUACCAAAUUGCCACUUCCUGCAAACAGCAAGAUUGUCGCUGUAAAUGUGCCAGCAACACAAGGAGGCAUGGUCCAGGUACAGCAGAAGGUCCUGGGGAUCAUUCCAUCGACUACAGGUCCAAGCCAGCAAACCUUUACUUCAUUCCAGCCCAGGACUGCAACUGUCACAAUUAGGCCCAAUACCUCAGCCUCUGCAGGAACCACUACCACAUCACAGGUGAUCACAGGGCCUCAGAUCCGCCCUGGCAUGACAGUGAUUAGAACGCCACUCCAGCAGCCAGCACUGGGAAAGGCGAUCAUUCGAACACCAGUGGUGGUGCAGCCAGGCACACCCCAACAAGUUGUGACUCAAAUCAUCCGAGGACAGCCUGUUUCCACUGCCAUCUCUGCUCCAAGUACAGCUUCCUCAGCACCUGUACAAAAGGGCUUAACUCCAGGAGCAGCGGCUGGGCCUCUGCAGCCUUCAGCCCCACACAGCCCUCGUCCUCAGCAAGGGCAGGUGAAGCUCACCAUGGCUCAGCUCACUCAGCUCACGCAGGGCCAUGGCGGCAACCAAGGUUUAACAGUAGUGAUUCAAGGACAAGGGCAGACUACUGGACAGUUGCAGUUGAUACCUCAGGGGAUGACAGUCCUUCCAGGGCCAGGGCAGCAGCUCAUGCAAGCUGCAAUGCCGAAUGGCACCGUUCAGCGUUUCCUCUUUACCCCACUAUCAACAUCAGCCACGGCCGCCAGCAGCAGCAGCAACAGCAGCAGCACCACUACUAAUGCUACAGCAGCAGGCUCAGGGGAACAAAAACAGAGUAAAAUAUUACCCCAGACCCAGGUACAACCAGCCACAACCCUGGCACCAACUCAGUCAUCAAGUGUGAGUCCUGCAGAAGCCCAGCCACAGCCUGCUCAGCCUGCAGCACAACCCCAGCCCCAGCCCCAGCCCCCAGCUCAGCCUGAAGUCCAGACCCAGCCAGCUGUCUCGUCCCAUGUCCCUUCUGAAACACAGCCCUCCCAAGCACAGACAUCUAAACCCCUGGUUGCAACACAGUGUCAGCCUCAGAGCAGUGUACAAGGACAGUCUCCUGUUCGAGUCCAGAGUCCACCACUGACUCGAAUACGUCCAUCAACUCCAUCCCAAGUGACUCCUGGACAGCAACCCCAGGUUCAGACUACAGCUUCACAGCCGAUUCCAAUUCCGCCCCCCACAUCUCUGCAGGCACCUUCCCAAGGCCAGCCACAGUCACAGCCCCAGGUACAGUCUUCAACUCAAACUCUUUCAUCAGGACAGACAUUAAAUCAAGUUACUGUUCUAUCUCCAUCCUGUCCUCAGCCACAGCCCCAAGUCAUUGCUGUGCCUCAGCUCCAGCAAGUCCAGGUUCUCUCUCAGAUCCAGUCGCAGGUUGUGGCUCAGAUACAGGCCCAGCAAAGUGGUGUGCCCCAGCAAAUCAAACUUCAGUUGCCCAUUCAAGUUCAGCAAAACAGUGCUGCGCAGACUCAGAGUGUGGUCACAGUGCAGGCAGCCAGUGUGCAGGAGCAGUUGCAGAGGGUUCAGCAACUCAGGGACCAGCAGCAAAAGAAGAAGCAGCAGAUAGAAACUGAGCGUGAACACACCCUCCAAGCUUCUAACCAAAGUGAGAUCAUUCAGAAACAGGUGGUGAUGAAGCAUAAUGCUGUAAUAGAACAUUUAAAACAGAAAAAGACCAUGACUCCAGCUGAAAGAGAAGAAAAUCAAAGGAUGAUUGUCUGUAACCAGGUGAUGAAGUAUAUUCUGGAUAAGAUAGAUAAAGAAGAAAAACAGGCGGCCAAGAAACGCAAGCGGGAGGAGAGUGUGGAGCAGAAGCGGAGCAAACAGAAUGCCAGCAAGCUCUCUGCUCUGCUGUUCAAACACAAGGAGCAGCUCAAAGCUGAGAUCCUGAGAAAGAGAGCGCUCCUGGACAAAGAGUUGCAGAUCCAAGUGCAGGAAGAGCUGAAAAGAGACCUGAAAAUGAAACGAGAGAGGGAGAUGGCCCAGGCGGUACAGGCCAAUGCUGCCUCAGUGCCCACACCCUCCGUGCCAGCCCCUGUGCCAGCGCCUGCACCGGCAGCCCCUCCAGCUCCUCCUCGUUCUCCGCCUCCCUCCACACACAGUCUGCCACCUGCAGGCCACCCCACAGCCCCACUGCCUGUCACUUCCCAGAAGAGGAAGCGGGAGGAAGAGAAGGACUCUAAGUCCAAGAAGAAGAAGAUGAUCUCUACCACCUCUAAGGAGGCCAAGAAGGACACCAGGCUAUAUUGCAUCUGCAAGACACCGUACGAUGAGUCCAAGUUCUAUAUUGGCUGUGAUCUUUGUACUAACUGGUAUCAUGGAGAAUGUGUUGGCAUCACAGAAAAGGAGGCUAAGAAAAUGGAUGUGUACAUCUGUAAUGAUUGUAAGCGGGCACAAGAGGGCAGCAGUGAGGAAUUGUACUGUAUCUGCAGGACACCUUAUGAUGAGUCACAAUUUUAUAUUGGCUGUGAUCGGUGUCAGAAUUGGUACCACGGGCGCUGUGUUGGCAUCUUGCAAAGUGAGGCAGAUCUCAUUGAUGAGUAUGUCUGUCCACAGUGCCAGUCGACAGAGGACGCCAUGACAGUGCUCACACCACUGACAGAGAAAGAUUAUGAGGGCUUGAAGAGGGUGCUGCGCUCCUUACAGGCCCACAAGAUGGCGUGGCCUUUCCUUGAACCGGUAGACCCCAAUGAUGCACCGGAUUAUUACGGUGUUAUUAAAGAGCCAAUGGACCUUGCCACCAUGGAAGAAAGAAUACAAAAACGGUAUUAUGAAAAGCUGACAGAGUUCGUGGCAGAUAUGACCAAAAUUUUUGAUAACUGCCGUUAUUACAAUCCCCGUGACACCCCUUUUUACCAGUGUGCAGAAGUUCUUGAAUCAUUCUUUGUACAGAAACUAAAAGGAUUCAAGGCCAGCAGAUUGUGAUAUCUUUAGUCUGACUUUUUAACUGGAAUCAGAACUGGAUGUUGGGGUCACUGUUUAGUGUACCAUGUGUUUGCCUAACUCAAAAUCCCCUCCCAAAAGUUGGAACUAGCUAAUAUAACUUUUAAUGUUAAAUACAGAUGUGUAGAUACAUAAAAGUUUUAUUCUGGCAGCCAUGUUAGACAAUGUCUAAAGAGUUGUGAAUGCCUGAGAUGUUGUCCUUCUCGCUACUGUGAUAGAAAGAGCUGAGUUAGCCCUGCUACCUGUACAGUAAUGUGGUCACUAACAGAAUAAAGCUGUGAAUAAAGCUGUGAGAAGAGGAAGACUUUCUGGACCUGCACAGAAAAAUGUGAUGUUAAUGUUACUAUUGUCUUGUGGUCGAGCCCCCUCCUCGCAUCGUUGUAAACAGACAGGCACACACCUUUUACUACAGCGAUGCUUCUGCAAGUGUCUCACUUGUCCCAUUUGUUGAAAAUGGUGUAAUCUUAAUAAACAAUAUAUAUUCGCUUAUAGAUACAUAUAUUUUUAAACAUUGGCUUUUUCCAAUGAGCUACCAUGUUUACUGUACAGUGAAAAGUUUUACUACUAUAGUUAGAUUUCUUAAAUGUUAACUUUCUUCUAUUUGCUUGCCAAGGAUGAGGGAGAGCGCACAGCAGCUCCCCCAGGCUGGCCUCGGCAGCCACACAAAGUAUAGAUGGUUCACAAACGAAGGGUGCUUAAUUGUCCCCUUUUUUCUGUAUUCUGUAGGUCUCAUAACAACAAGCUGCAAUCUACAGCUCCUUAGAACUCAGCGUGUCUGUCACCUAAGCUAGACACAGCAAGUCUGGCGCUCUGAACUAUUUAAACUAAAGCGCCAGAUAUUUUCAGUCAGGCUUUCCUGACAAGACCGUAACCUCGUUCAUAUUGGUCACAACAGUCCAGUUGUAUUCUUGGCCAAUUUUGUCCAACGGACAAAGGAAAAGCAAAGUCAACGGCACCGUUGUCUUGUCGAGAGCAAAUGGCUUUACUAUUGUGGCAGAAGCAGGAAACUUUGUUUAUUGGAAAAAAAAAAAAAAAAAAGAAAAAGCAAGAAAAAAAAAAAAAGAUACUAUGGGGUCAAGUGUAACUCCGUGGGAUGCCACAUCUGCUCUUCAGUGAAGAAGCUGUUUAGAGUCUCAGAAAACUUUUUGACUGUAUUUAUUUAUUGUUGCAAAAAAAAGACGCUUUUUUAUUGCUGCCCUCAUUUGUCAGCUAAUUAUUUUUUCUUAUACAAAUCCAGCCCUGGUUCCGUGUAUCCACCCUGUAUCCUAUCAUGAUUCCUGUAGGUGAAGUACAAGGCGACCUCUAGGUGUCUUUUCUUUCUAUGAAAGGAGCUGCUAUGUACACAUGUGCACACACAACUGGGAAUCAACAAUGAGUUUAUUGUUCACGGGAGACACAAGUGAAGCUUGCGGAAAGGUUGGGCUAAGUGGUCCUGGACUAACAGACUUCGUUGCCUUGAAUACACCAGUACAAAUUGUCAUUUACUCUGCACCAGGCUAAAUGAGCAAAAUCUAUUUGAAGGUAUCUUGUUUGUAAACAUUGUCAGAUUCUAAUUUUUUUCUUUUUGUAUUAAAAUUCAACUAUGGAUGUAUACGAAUCGAAAUAAAUGGAGAUCAUUUUUCUCCCACAGAUGGAGGUCUCUUUGAAUGUGCGCUGUGAUUACCUGUAAGCCUUUGUGGGGGACGGGGCGGGGGAGAGACCAGGAAUGACAGGAAGACCUGGAUUUCUCUAGAAUAGCAGAGGCCCUUCCUUUCCUAAGUCCCUUCUCACCACAUCAGAGAAAAUCUCCAGGGAGCCGGUCCCUUGCAUCUCUUGGUCAUCCCUGUAAUAACGGGAAUAUGACACAGUACAAGCUGCCUUCAUCCCCGCCUUCCAAAACUGUAGACAGAUUCCUGUGUGGGAUGAAGGGUGUUUGCUGGCCGGGUUCCUUGGGUUUUGUUUGUUGCAGUAGAGCAGGGUAGAGGGUAGAGCAGACAGGCUCGCCCUGCAUCUUCCUCCUGCGGGUGCUCUCACCCUCCCUCCCCUUGGAGCUGCUUGCUGUGUUGUGAAAACCAGCCAGGAUUGAGUCAGGCUGCCUCGCAGAUGUUUUCCUAGAUUUGCACUAGUCCAUGUUAGCCCUGUCCUGCUGGGUUCUAGAAUCUACCUAGUUUUUGUUUUUUAAAAGCCGCCUCUGUGCAUUUGGUGUCGCCCUGCUAUGCAAAGCCUUCCCCAGCCCUUAGUUUCUUGAAAGGAAACUGUGGCAGCAGUUGGCAAAUUCUUCCUUAUGACAGGCUCAGGUGUACAGGUUCUUCUGGGUCACGUGCUCUAUGGAAGCCUACUCCCUCUGUACAUAAAAAUGUCACUUUAGCCUGUGCUUACAGCUAAAGAGACUUAACUGCUCAAUAUGAUAGCAAAGUUUUUGCUUAAACUAUUAAGGUGGAAGUAGUUAAAUACAGGCUAUUUUGUUCUUUUAGUUUACAAAAAAGAAAAAAGAAAAAAAAUGUUCCACGUUGUAGGCACUGUGCUGAUGCAAGAAUUCUACAUCCUAAUAAUACAAAGUGAUUCUGCAUCUGCCCACGUCCAGUAUUCCUGUACUAUCUAUUCAUAUAUCUAAGCAUAUAUGGGCUUAAUCACUUAAGCUUGUUGCAGCAAAAGCUUUCCUACCUGUAGGCAAUAGAUUGCUAUGUUUUUAACAAAUUGUAGCAAAUUCUAAAUAAUCCUUUUUGUACGUAAUAGGACAUUUCAUCCUAAAAAAUAAAGUAAUGUUUUUGACAUUGGA